AAAAUUUUCAAAUGCUCUGCGGCUUUUGGGCGUCCCCAGUAGACUCGUUCCCGCUCCAUCGUUCCCCUUCGCUGCUGGAUCCAGAUCCGCUUCGGUUUCACUUUCCACCCCCGAUCUGAUUGGAAUACUCCGGUGGUGCCGCCGCCCUCCUUCUUCGUCUACUCCUGGUCGAUCCGCAAACUCGUCUCCUCCCGACAGCGAACCGCCCCCUCCUCUCGCCGCCGGUAGACAGCGCUUGCGCGCGACCAUUACAGUCCCAGGUUCUCCAGCACGAGGCCACCCGGCGGCGGCGGCCACUGCCCUUCCAUUCCUGCGGAACACUGUCGUCGCAGUCUCGGCUCCGGUGAGAAUCGGAGAGUUCACCGAGGUUCUCAAAGCGGCUACAUUACAUAAUCACAUCUCAAAGUGGAUAACUGAUGAAAGGAUACAGUUGAAAUUUGAAGUAGUACCUGCAUAUGAUUUGAUGUUCAGCGCUAUGUAGUAACUAAUAUUAUAGGUCGUCUCUUUGCGGCAUAAGUUAACUUGACCUGCCUUCUCUACCUACGCAGCCAAACAAGUAUCUUUUCUCAGAUGUCCUUCUUUACCAGGUUCUUUUACAAAAGACCACUUGAUGGUUUGCUAGAAUUUCUGGACAGAGUUUACAUUUUUAAUUCAUGCUUCUCAACUGAGGUCCUACCUGAUGGAUUAUACAGUAUCUAUUUGCAUGAAAUUGUCACUGAACUGCAUGAAGAGUAUGCUGAUUCUUCCUUCCUCGCAUUCAACUUUAGGGAGGGAGAAAAAAGAAGUCAAUUUGCAGAAAUUUUAUGCCAAUACGAUGUUACUAUAAUUGAUUAUCCACACCAUUUUGAAGGCUGUCCACUUCUUCCUUUAUUGCUUGUUUGUCACUUCCUUCGAGUCUGUGAUUAUUGGCUGUCUCUCAGGGAUAAUCAGAAUGUUAUACUGCUACACUGUGAAAGAGGGAGCUGGCCUUUGUUAGCAUUUCUUUUAGCUUGUUUUUUGACUUAUAGAAAAUUGCAUAGUGGCGAUCAGAGAACUCUAGAUGUUGCAUAUAGGGAGGCUCCUAAAGGCCUUCUGCGGCUUUUGUCUCCAUUGAACCCAUUACCAUCUCAGCUACGAUACCUGCAGUAUGUUGCUAGAAGGAAUAUCACCCCACAAUGGCCCCCUGUGCAACGGGCUCUUUCUUUAGACUGUCUUAUUCUUCGAGGUGUUCCAAUCUUUGACUCAGAUAAUGGCUGCAGACCACUAAUCCGUAUUUCAGGACAGAAUAUCCACAAAAGUGAUGGCCUUUUUGUGGGCACGCUUUGUAUGACGUCCAAGAAGAAACCUUUAUGUCGCUACCAACAGGACGAGUGUGAUGUUAUAAAAAUUGAUAUCCAAUGCCUAGUACAGGGAGAUGUUGUUUUGGAAUGUGUCCAUCUUGAUUUAGAUCCAGAGAGGGAAGUCAUGAUGUUUCGUAUAAUGUUCAACACUGCUUUCAUCCGAUCGAACAUACUCAUGCUGGGCUAUGAUGAUGUGGAUACACCCUGGGAUGCAAAUGACCAGUUUCCGAAAGGCUUUCGGGCAGAGGUGUUGUUUGGUGAUAUCGGUAACAUCGCUCCUAGAGCUCCAACUGUGGCUUUUAAUGGAGACGUAAAUGGUGGAUUGCCUAUAGAGGCUUUUGCAAAGGUACAAGAACUUUUCAAUGGCGUUGAGUGGCUUGAAAGAAGUGAUGAUGAUGCAUUGUGGCUGCUUAAACAAAUAUCAACAAAUGCACUGCAAGAAAAACUUGAAAAGCUGAUUUUAACAGAUACUAAGGAGAUUCAAACUAUUCAAAGUAAAGUGGGUUUACAGAUGUCUCUAAUGUCAACGUCGGAAUCUGAUGAGGAAAAAGAUUCUGUAACUUCAGAUUCUGUUUCUUCAGUGGACAAUGAAAAGGUUCAACAUGUCUCAAGCACCAGCAUACACAUGGAAAACGAACUCGGCAUUUCGAAGGAUUCUCAACUUAAAGAUUCCCAGCAGCCCAUUUCCAGAAUUGCUGAUCUUGGCACAAGUCUCCAAGUGCCACUGUUGGUGUCACCUUCAGUUUCUCAAUCUUCUGAGAGGAAUCUUGAGUCUAUAGAAUCAGAAAGACCAAUUUCUAUUCCUCAAGCUGCUGCACCACCUGCACCUGCAUUUCCACAUCCAUCCACUAAGUCAUCUGGUAAAGAUUCCUUUCUACCAUUGUUACCUCCUCUUUCUUCCUCCAUGGUUAAUAUACUUUCAGUACCACCACCACCUCCUCCCCCUCUUGUUCAAAGUAAAUGUCUCAAUCCGAAGCAAUUGCUUCCGUCUUCACCUUUGCCGCCACCUCCAUCACUUCCUCCUCCUCCUCCUCCUCCCACUCAAAGUAAACGUCUUAAUUCAACUCCAGGUUCUCCCCUUCCCCUUACAUUCACAUCUAAUAAAGAUGUGAAACAAACUCCAUCACCACCGCUGCCACCACCACCACCACCACCACCACCUCCUCCUCCUCCUACCCAAAAUAAAUGCCUCAACACAACACCUCCAUCACCAUCGUCGUCACCAUUAGCUUCUAUUCAAACUAAAUGUCGCAAUCCGCCGCCACCACCACCACCUCCUCCUGCUUUGUCUGCAUCCACAUUCAAUAAAAAUCUUCAACGGAUUCCCCCUCCCCCUCCUCCUCCUUCAAUGUCAUCUAGUAAAAGACCCUUAUCUGCGUCACCUACUAAUCCUCCUCAACCACCACCUCCACCUCCACCUCCACCUCCUUCUAUUAAAUUGAACAAUGUUCCUGGCCAUGCUCUCCCAUCUGUUCCUCCAGUUGCAUCUACCAGAGCUCCAUUGCCUCCUCCUCUUCCCCCUCCUCCUCAAAAUGGAAAAGGGAAUAUUCCACCCCCAUCGGCUCCUCUUAAAUCCAGUAGCAAAUUUGUGCCUCCACCACCACCUCCAGUGCCAAAGCCUCCUGGAAUUGUGCCUCCUCCUCCAUCACACUUGCAAGGAGGGGUUCGUAGAGUUCCAGGUCCACCACAGCCUCCUGGACUGAAGGAUUUCAAUACUCUAGCACCACCUUCUUCAUUGCUAGGCAAAGGAAGACUAACUGCUCCUAGUUUUGGAAAUGUUCGUGGAUCUUUGCAGUCUAUUCCACCAAAGAAAACAUCAUUGAAGCCAUUACACUGGGUGAAGGUUACCCGAGCAACACAAGGAAGUCUUUGGGCUGAUUCUCAGAAGCAUGGAAGUCAAACCAGGGCACCUGAGAUAGAUCUAUCUGAAUUAGAAAGCCUCUUCUCAGCAACAGUUGCUACCAAUGAACGUGGGCGGGAUAGGAUCGGAGCACCAUGUGGUUCUGGCACCAAUAAGUCUGAGAUUGUUCAUCUGAUUGAUAUGCGCAGGGCAAAUAAUUGUGAGAUUAUGCUUACAAAAAUCAAGAUGCCUCUUUCUGUUAUGAUUACUGCCGUUUUAGCUUUGGAUUCCUCAGUUUUGGACAUUGAUCAAGUGGAAAAUCUGAUCAAGUUUUGUCCUACAAAAGAAGAGAUGGAGAUGCUAAAGAAUUAUACAGGUAACAAAGAAAUGCUAGGACCAUGCGAACAGUUUUUUAUGGAGCUAAUGAAGGUUCCCCGUGCAGAGUCCAAAUUAAGGGUUUUCUCUUUUACAAUUACGUUUUCCACUCAGGUGAAUGAGCUGCGGGGAAAUUUGAAAACAAUCAAUGAUGCAACUAGGGAGGUUAAAGAGUCUCCGAAAUUGCGGCAAAUAAUGCAGACUAUUCUUACAUUGGGUAAUGCCUUGAAUCAAGGCACUGCUCGAGGCUCUGCUAUUGGAUUUAGGCUAGACAGUCUUCUGAAAUUGUCAGAUACUCGAGCAAGAAACAACAAAAUGACAUUGAUGCACUAUUUAUGCAAGCUUCUUGCAGAGAAAAUGCCAGAGUUGCUUGAUUUUGAUAAAGACUUGAUUCAUUUGGACGCAGCCUCCAAGAUCCAGUUGAAGAUAGUAGCUGAAGAGAUGCAAGCUGUCAGUAAAGGUCUUGAAAAAGUUGAACAGGAACUCAAUGCCUCUGGAAAUGAUGGUGAUAUAUCAAUGGGUUUCAGAGUGGCCUUGAAAAAUUUCCUUGAUGUUGUUGAAGCCGACGUAAGGUUCCUUACAUCAUUAUAUUCCGAGGUGGGAAGAAAUGCAGAUUCCUUGUCUCAAUAUUUUGGAGAAGAUCCAGCCCGUUGUCCCUUUGAGCAAGUUACAUCAAUUUUAGUAGUCUUUGUAAAUACGUUCAAGAAAUCUCGUGAAGAGAAUGAACGAAAUGAUGAAGCUGAAAAAAAGAAAAUGGAAAAGGAGGCAUUGAAAGAAAAAUCAAAAACUCCUGCCAAACAACAUUGAGAUUUCACUUGAAAGUUUUCGUACCUUGAGCCAGAAAAAUCCACAGUGCAGCAGAACCACCAUGAAACAAGUCAGCCAAUUAAAUGUUGGCAUGCGAUUAUAGUUAUGGUCUUUUGAGGUCUCUACUAUUUGGAGGAUGAUUAUGAUAAAACUGCCAGUUACUCUGAGACACUAAUCUGUCAUCAUUCUUAUGAAAAACUGCAAAGUUAGGUUGCAUAAGCUGUUCAAUGGUAAUUCUCUCAUCUUUGUUUAGAAACAAUUUAACUUAUGCACGUAUAAUACAGUCUCCCUGCUUGAACACCGAUUUCACCUCUUAGAUGA